AUGCUUGCACAGGAGGAGUCGAGACGCCUGCAACACAACUACGUGGACACGGAGAUGCUGCUUGUCGGUGUUGUCGCAGAGAACUCCUCCGUUGCGGCUAAAGUGAUGAGGAAGCUGAAUGUCCAGCUGAAGGAUGUCAAGAAGUUGGUCGAGACUGAGCUCGGCAAGGGUGAAGGGCCUGUCUCCGUGGAGAUCCCCUUCACACCCGAAGCCAAGACCAUCCUCGAAGCUUCAGUGACAGAGGCCCGCCAGCUGAACUCGAACGCCAUCGACACGGCACACAUACUGUUGGCGCUCUGCAAAGAUGCCAGUGGCAAGACGCAGAAGUGCCUGCAGAAGUUGGGAGUGGAUCCGGAGAAGAUCCCAGAAGAAAUCGUGAAGGAGCUGCAAGACAAGGACGAGAAGGAGCCUGCGGCACAGAUGAAGAGCGGUGCAGGUGGAAAGAACCAGACUCUGGAAGAGUUCGGCCGUGACCUGACCAAGGCCGCUGCAGAAGGGAUGAUGGAUCCGCUCGUGGGCCGCGAGGCGGAGAUCGAACGAACUGUACAGAUCCUGGCGCGUCGCCAGAAGAACAACCCCGUACUCAUCGGCGAGCCCGGCGUUGGUAAAACGGCCAUUGCCGAGGGCCUGGCCUACAAAAUCGCGACCUCUGAUGUGCCGGAGAUGUUGGUUGGGAAGAAGAUCGUCCAGCUGGACCUGGCAAUGCUCCUUGCGGGCACCAAGUACCGAGGGGAGUUCGAGGAGCGCUUGAAGAACGUGAUCAAGGAGGUCUUGGACUCGGAGAAGAGCAUCAUCCUCAUGAUCGACGAGAUCCACACGUUGGUCGGAGCGGGCGGGACCGGCGAUGGAGGUGGUGGCGGCGCCAUCGAUGCGGCGAACAUCAUGAAGCCGGCCUUGUCUCGUGGUGAGCUCCAGGUGAUUGGAGCAACCACCAACGAGGAGUACCGGAAGUACGUAGAGAAGGACAAGGCCCUGGAGCGACGCUUUCAGCCGGUGAAGGUACCUGAACCAACUGUCGAGGAGACC